AUGGGACUCAACAAGUUCUGUCUUCAACAUGCUUUGGAGGGGUUCUUCGAAGGGGCUCUGCUUAUACCUGGAAGACCUCUAAAAACGGAGAAGGCUGCCAAUUUUGAUGCCGUUCAAUGGCUGGAAAGAAUGAGUUUCAGGAUGAAAAAGUCGAGGCUAAAGGUUGAGAAGGAGAAGCUGGAGCAACAACUUAAGACUAUGAACAACCAACUUAGGUUCAUGAGGUUGUACUUGCUCCAUUUGCUGCUCAGCCUCAAGCACCUGGCAACUUGCUGGGUACUAGUUAUCGGUUACCCUGGAGUUGCAAUGUUGCAGUUCAUGCCGCCUGCUGCUGUGGAUACAUCACAGAAUCAUGUAUUGCGUCCCCGAUGGCUUGAGUUGGGAGACUACUACAAGGCAACUUUGUGA